AUGCAGGUCAGUGAAGGAUUGUACUCGAAACUUGUCGCUACCUGCAUUUUCAACGCUUUCUUGUCUUACACCGCCAUCGUGUUGAACAUCUUAACAAUACAAGCGCUAAGAAGAACUUCUUCGUUGCCGACCCCCUUAAAAACGUUGCUUUUGAGUCUAACUGUUUCUGAUUUUGGAGUUGGUCUACUUGUCCAACCUUUGUACGCUGCAAUUCUUGUGAUGCAAAUAGAAGAAAAUACUGAAAACUAUUUAUAUUAUGCUUUACGGAUUACACACAGCAUCCAGGGCAAUUUACUUGCCUUUGCUUCGUUCUUUGGUGUUGUAGCUUUGACUGUUGACAGAUUCUUGGCGAUUCAUUUUCAUCUCAGAUACCAAGAACUUGUGACUCAGAAGCGUGUUGUUGCUGUAGUCUUCUUAUUGUGGAUGUUAAGUGCAUUUCUGUCCAUACCUAUGUCGAACUGGAUUCCAGAAAAGGUUUUAUACGGUACGUAUGCAACGAUCGACGCUUUUUGUAUCAUAACUUCAGGAUUGCUUUACUGCAAAAUAUACGCAGCCGUACGACGCCACACAAAUCAAAUUCACGCCCAACGAGUAGCAGGGAACAGAGACAUGGCAAAUGCAGCAAGGUUAAGAAAAACUGCAGUUAGUACAUUCUACGUGUAUGUGGUAUUUUUAGCUUGUUACGUGCCAGUAUUUUGUCUCUCUUUUGCCACUUUGAUCGGUGGUUUAACUGCAGUACCAUUUGAUAUGUGGUACUGUGUCUUCACACUAAUGUACCUCAAUUCAUCCCUUAAUCCUCUGAUCUACAGCUGGAAGAUAAGAGGCAUUCGUCAAGCUGUUGUGGGCAUACUUCGAAACACCUUGCCUAGUCUUCACUAA